AUGGAUUCGAGAGGCACCCACGGACACAGACACAGGAGUAGCACACACAGAUCUGGCGCGGCAGCGAGGGGCGGACAAGUUAGGACGAUGGGGAGAAUCCGGUUCACCCUGGCGGAGGUCUCCAAGAUGGAGGAGGUCCUCCGUGACCUCAACGCCAUGCCCAAGCGUCCUGCCAUCCAGAAACUCACCGCUGAUUUCAACGCCUCCCCGGACCGCUCCGGCGACGACAAGGUCCCCGUCCAGUACAAUCAGGUGCACACCUGGUUCCAGAACCGGAGGUACAAGCAGAAGCGGAGGGGUGAGCGGCCGCCGGCACAAGUGAAGAAGAUGCUGCCCACGGGGGCUGAGGCACAGCACCCAGCUUCCUACUGGGUUCACUCAUCUUCCCCUCCCAACUCUGAAUCCCACUCAGGGAAUAGUUCUUCGGAUGGUCACCUUGUCCAGCUUGAAGCAAAGUCACCAAGAAAUGGUGCAUGGUAUGAUGUUGCUGCCAUUCAGUCCUGCAGGUUUUCUGAAACUGGGGACCAGGAAGUACAAGUUUGGUUUUCUGGAUUUUGGGCUGAGGAGGAAGAAUGGAUUAAUGUUUGUAAAUCUUUGAGGCUGCGUUCUCUCCCAUGUGUAGCCAGAGAAUGUGUUGAUGUGCUUCCUGGGGAUCUUAUUCUUUGUUAUCAGGAUGGAAAAGAGCAGGCCCUCUAUUUUGAUGCUCAUGUUCUUGAAGUUGAAAGGCGCACACAUGAUAUAAGGGGUUGCCUCUGCAGUUUUCUUGUUCGUUAUGAUCAUGAUCACUCUGAGGAGAUUGUUCCGUUGAGGAAAGUAUGUCGUCGACCAUCUGCUGAUGUUAAUAUUAAUAUUGUAAUUGAUCAUAGCCUAGCUGAGCAGAAAGCUAAAAAGUCGCGCAAGAGGAUGGAUAUGAACCCUGAUAAGGUCACCAUGGUUCCCCGCCCACCAAAUCAAGGAGGGCCAUACGACAUGGCUGCUCCCUUGCUUAUCAUGCCUGAUAGCACCCACAGAGAUUCAGUAGCAGAUGAGCAGAUGGGGGACAUCGAGGCUCCUCCAAAAGGUGAAGCUACAAGCAAAACACAUGGUGACAAGAUGAAUGUCGGAGCGUAG